AUGGAUUCUUUGGGAAAAACAUUGAAUAAUUUGUCUCUUUACGAGGUCAAAGCUUACGUUAGAAAAGCUCAAAAUGCGGUGCUCAACUUGAGUGAGAUGGAAGCCAAGGUCAGGGAAGCCACAAAUAAUGAACCUUGGGGCACACCAACAAGUGUCAUGUCUGAGAUUGCUAGAGGAACUUUCAGUUAUCCUGAAAGGGAAGAGAUCUGUGCAAUGAUAUUUAGACGGUUUACUGAAAAGUCGGCACCUGAAUGGAGACAAAUUUACAAGGCAUUACAGCUCAUGGAAUACCUGGUAAAACAUGGCUCUGAACGAUUUGUUGAUGAUGCAAGAGCCAAUGUGAAUUUGAUAAGCAUGCUCAAAUCGUUUCACUACAUAGAUUCAAAGGGAGUUGACCAAGGUAUAAAUGUUCGCAACAGGGCUAGGGAACUCUCGGCUUUACUCAACGAUGAGUCUAAAAUUCGUCAGGAAAGAAGGAAGGCUAAAGAAAAUGCAAAGAAAUUUGGAGCCGUUUCCUCUAAUUCGGCCUAUGUGGGGUCCUCAUCGCUGAGAAGGGCAAAUAUGGGCUCUUCAAAUUAUGACUAUGACGAGGAAGAUGCCGGAUACGCUGGAAGAGUUUUCGGGGAUGGCGGAGUAUUUGGGCAAAGAUUUGAAGAGCAAGCUCCCACGAACGCAUCCAAAAAAUUUGAGGAGUAUGAUGUUGAGGACCACAGCAAAAACAGGAGAACAAGCAAACCGUCUGUGCAAGCUUCAAGUGUUACGGCCAGCGCUCAACCUAAGGUUGACUUGUUCUCUUUUGACGACAAACCAGCUGCCACCUCCACUGCUAGUCCAGGUCGUGAUGAUGAUGAUGAGUUCGAUGAGUUCCAAAGUGCCUCUACUUCUGCGCAGGUUGUGGAGCCUCACAACAAUCUCGCUGACCUUUUGAACGCAUCAUAUGGUCAACAUGGUGGAAAUCCUGCAGCUUCCUUCCUUCAAUCGCCUGUCGCAAAAUCCUUUCCUCCGCAACCAUCUAGCCAAGUUGAGCCAGCGAUCUCUCAAUUUAAGAAGAAGGAUGAUAUAUUUGGAAAUCUAUUAACCUCUGCCAAAAUGAAGACACAUUCUCAGCCAUCGACUUCUGCGGUUAGUAAGCCAUCCCCUGCUCCUGCAAAGUCGUCUGUCGGGAAUGAACAUGGACCUAUGUCGUCCACACCUGAAGAAAAAUCCACAGGUCAAGUUCCAUCCAAUGGUCAAGGGACUGGGGUUGUUGACUUAUUGUCCUUUUGA